UCAGGCGCUUCGGGCAGGACCAGAAGUCUGGACAGCUGCGCAUGCGUAUAGAAGGUUGGCGGAAGCGAGGUUUAGAAUGUUGUCCCUAGACCCGCGAUAGAAGCCGACCUCACUCAGGACUAGGAGCUUGGUUUUGCACCUGCGGAGGGAACAAAGGGGGAUUCCUGCCGGGGAGUCGCAAUGAACGCCAUCGUUGUGCUUUGCCACUUUUGUGAGCUGCACGGGCCUCGCACCCUCUUUUGCACGGAGGUCUUGCACUCGCCUCUUCCGCAAGGGGCGGGCAGCGGAGACAGCCCCGGGCAGAGUGAGCAGGCAGAAGAGGAGGAAGGAGGCAUUCAGAUGAGCAGCAGGAUCCGGUCCCACAGCCCGGCGGAAGGUGCCAGCGCCGACUCCAGCAGCCCAGGGCCCAAGAAGUCCGACAUGUGCGAGGGGUGCCGCUCUCUGCCUGCAGGGCACCCGGGCUACGUCAGCCACGACAAAGAGACCUCUAUCAAAUACGUCAGCCACCAGCACCCAAACCACCCCCAGCUCUUCAGCAUCGUGCGCCAGGCCUGCGUCCGCAGCCUCAGCUGUGAGGUCUGCCCGGGACGCGAAGGCCCCAUCUUCUUUGGCGACGAGCAGCACGGCUUCGUCUUCAGCCACACCUUCUUCAUCAAAGACAGCUUGGCGCGCGGCUUCCAGCGCUGGUAUAGCAUCAUUGCCAUCAUGAUGGACCGCAUCUACCUCAUAAACUCCUGGCCUUUCCUGCUGGGCAAAGUCAGAGGCAUCAUCGACGAGCUUCAGGGCAAAGCGCUCAAGGUCUUUGAAGCUGAGCAGUACGGAUGCCCCCAGCGGGCGCAGCGCAUGAACACGGCCUUUACGCCUUUCCUGCACCAGCGGAACGGAAACGCCGCUCGUUCCCUCACCUCUCUGACGAACGACGAGAACCUGUGGGCCUGCCUACACACGUCCUUUGCUUGGCUCCUGAAGGCAUGCGGCAGCAGACUGACAGAGAAGCUUCUGGAAGGUGCGCCCACAGAGGAUACCCUUGUUCAGAUGGAGAAAUUGGCUGAUCUUGAGGAAGAAUCGGAAGGCUGGGACAACUCUGAGGAGGAGGAAGGGAAAGCUCCAAGCCAGGGGGACGCUCUGGAAUCCCGAGAGCUUGUCAAAAGCCCCACGGACUCCUCCCUCACCUUGGACUGCAGCAACUGGAACAUGGCGCCCCGGAACCAGGGCUUCCGGUCCCUCCGGCACCUCAGACAGGUACAGGCGAGGUCAAGGGGGCGGGGCAUGCAGAAAGCCCUUGCCCCCUUCCAGCCUGCUGCCGACUCGCAGAGCUGCGGGUUGCGAGAGCGAAACCUGUGCCUGGGGCGGGUUCUCACCCUGCUGCCUUUCCGUUGCCAGACCAUGCUGCCCAUCGGCUGCGUUCGGAUCAUCCCCUACAGCGACAAAUACGAGGAGGCUUAUCGGUGCAACUUUCUGGGCCUCGCUCCCCACGUGCAGAUCCCGCCCCACAUUCUGUCAUCUGAGUUCACCGUCCUUGUGGAAGUCCGCACGGCCACGCGGUCGAGCCUCUACCCUGUCUUGUUUGACGAUGAGCAGCCUCUCAGCAAAUAUGAAUUUGUGGUCACAAGUGGGAGCCCGGUGGCAGCAGACAGAGUUGGUCCCACCAUCUUGAACAAGAUUGAAGCGGCCCUGACGAACCAGAACCUCUCUGUGGACGUGGUGGACCAAUGCCUUGUCUGCCUUAAGGAGGAGUGGAUGAACAAAGUGAAGGUCCUCUUCAAAUUCACAAAAGUGGACAGCAGGCCGAAAGAAGACACCCAGAAGCUGCUGAGCAUCUUGGGAGCGGCCGAAGAGGACAACGUGAAGCUGCUGAAAUUCUGGAUGACCGGCCUGAGCAAGACCUACAAGUCUCACCUGAUGUCGACGGUCCGCAGCCCGACUUCUUCGGAGUCUCGAAACUAGGAAACUAGAACUCUUUCGGCUCUUCUUGAGGAAACCCUCGCUUGAGCCUUCAGCCUGGAUGUUCUCCGUGCAGCAGAGCCGCCCGGCUGUUUCAGGAUGCAAGGGGAUGCAGAAUCUCAUGGCGUAUCCUCCGCAGAUCAGAGCAUGCUUCUGUGUGCUGGUUUGCAAUAGGUUUGGAGCGCCUUAUCCUUCUUCCUGAUGGCGAAGCUCUCUACCUUCUUUGGCAGGAAGAUUUUCUCCUUAAAUCUGAGGACUGAGGGGGCAUCUGAACUUCCUCCUCUGUGACACCAGGCUAGAGGGGUGAGGUGUUUUAUUACCUGGUGAGGCAGGCUUCAUCAACACCUUUCGUAAUCUGGUGACCACACAUGGCAGCCUGAGAAUUUGAAUUAGUCUAUGGAUGGGUUGAAAUGGUAUCUCAAAUGCCCUGCAGCAUCUAAGCAAAAUUAAGUGGCUACUAUUUGAUGCCCCUCCAAACUCACAGACAGGACUAUUCCUGAUGGGGCGCCUGUCCCGACGUCUGCAUUUAGGAACCAGUUUGCAACCAUCCUGUUCCCCCCGUGUUUGGAAGUUUUUCCUCCAGUAAGCAAGCCUGUAUUGUGGGAAGCAACCUUUGAUUCCACAAACUCCCCAUCUGAAGAAUCCACUGAGAAAAGCCGUCCAGCAGGCUGAGACACUGAAAAAGACAUGUUUGGCUGCUCUAAUUUAAACGAAUUUGUGGAGACCUCUUCUUCUCAGGCAACAGGAGGACAGGAACCCGUCACCCGCCCUGCGCGGGAAGCUAGGCAGGAGAGAACUGGGAAGGAAGACCAUGCUCCCAAGUGAGGUGGUAAUAUCCAAUUUGCAUAUUGACCUGCCUAGCGGAGCAAGUGGGGAGGGGACAACCCUAUUCCAGGAUGCCCUCUUCCUUGCAGCAAAACAGAAGCUUACACUUAAAAAUAAAUGAAAUUUAUCAAAAGGCCCUGUACUGUAUUCUGGAGGAAGGCAACGUGAACUUGCAUCCCUGUUUUCCAGAGUUAUGUUGCUGCCUUGCACUUUUAGCAAGAUCUGACUCUUGCCUACUUACUAAGACUUAUUUGCCAGUAGCAAAAGGAAAGGAAGCAAAAGAAUUGUUUUGCAAGUGCAUUGCAGCUUUGUAUCCUGCAUGGUUACAUACCCAGUUCCUUUUCCUAAACUAUUUCCAUGUGCAAGAGCUCAUGCAUUCAGUUGCAAAAUGGGAGAAUAUUUCAAGGGUGCCAUUAACUCUCUGCCGUUGGUUUCAGUGGGACUUGAAAGAUUGAUUUUGAAUGGAUUGUACCCAAUUGUACCCAGCCUAGGAGGUAGUAGCUUUUGCUGCUGCACAGCCUAUUUCUGGUGAAAUGGAAUUUGCAGAAAUAAUUUCUUUUGAAACGUGUUCAAGAACGUAAAGAUUAGUUACCGUAGUUCCCCCCACUCCCUUACCCCAUGAUGUUUUUAUUUCUAAUUGCAUAACUAAGGUGAUGGUGGACAAACUCCACAAAUCUCCUUUGCUGGGAAAGAAAACCUAAACUUAAAAUAUUUAAUGUUUUAUUUUAAAAUGGGGAGAAGUGAAAAAAAUAAUAGGUGAGCCUAGGUUUGCGGUGUCUGAUUUUAACAUUUUUUAUCUUGGCGUAUGCGGUUAACAUAUUUAUACUAAACUACAGGAAGAUUCCUCUAACAAAACUAGCUAUUCUUUCCAUUUUGGAGAUGUUAGCAGGUCCUUAUUGAUUUUUUGUUAAUUAUUUCAAAGAGUGUGUAAAACUGCGAACCAAUAAAAAAAAUGCUGUAUUUUUUCCCCUAUGA